CCCCAACUCAACCACCCUCCCUCCAUCCACACCUCAGCCUCAGCUCACCUGCUCCUGCUCUCCUUGCCUCCCUCCAUCCGUCCUCCUUGGGAUUGGGAGAGAAGAGACCAAGCGCAACUCACCUCAACAAUGAAGAGCAGGAGGCAGAGCGGCCGUGGAGGAGCCAUGCUGCUGCCGGACGGGAACCUCCACAGCAGCGGCAGCAAGAUGGAGCGCAAGGACGUGGAGAAGAACCGGCGGCUGCACAUGAAGGGACUCUGCCUCAAGCUAUCCUCCCUCGUUCCGGCCUCCUCCUCCUCAGACCACCACCUCAGACACUAUUCUUCCUCGCCGCCGUCCAGCAACAAGGACGCGGCGACACAGCUGGACCAGUUGGACAGCGCGGCGGCGUACAUCAAGCAGCUCCGGGGCCGGAUCGACGACCUGAAACGCCGCAAGCAGGCCGCCGUCUCCGGCACCGCUGGCUGCUCAUCCUCCAUCUCCACGGGCGACUACAAGGGAGCUCCUUCAACGGCCACGACAGCGCUGCCGGUGAUCGAGGUGCGGCACCAGGACGGAACUCUGGACGUGGCGCUGGUGAGCGAGGUCGGGCGGCCGUUCCGGCUGCACGAGGUGAUCGCCGUGCUGGAGCAGGAGGGCGCCGAGGUGGUCAGCGCCAGCUUCUCUGUCGUCGGCGACAAGAUCUUCUACACGGUCCAUUCCCAGGCGUUGUACCCCCGCAUCGGCCUCGAGGCCGGCCGCGUCGCCCAAGGGCUGCGCGGCCUCGCCGCAGCCGCAGCCGUCUCGCCGUCGGUCCUCCUGACAUGAUCUCUUUCUCUCUUUCUUCGUUGUUUUGCCAUGGUGACAGAUUAGCUGAUCUAUUGGCAGCUUAGCUUAGUACUGCUCUACUCUGCUCAUGAGUGAGAGCUUCAGGUUUGUCUGAAAUCUACUAGUGUAGGCACGUGCUUGCAUAUCCUCCUUCCUGAAGAUGUGAGAUAUUUUUAGCUUUCAGAAUGUUGGGUUUCUUUCUACUAAGAAGGCUUGAAAA